AUGUCGGCCUUUUACACCACCACCGCCACCGUCCUCACGAGCAUGGCCUCCCUCCGCCUCUCGUCCCCCUCCGCGGCCGGCGGCAGCAUACCCCCCACCCCGCGCAUCCCCCAGCAGCCCUUCUCCCCCUCCCCGCGCUUCUCCCAACACUCCCCUUCCUACUUCGACGUGGACUCCUACUCCCCCUCGCCCUCCACCUCAGCAAGCACCGCCUCCCUCGGCGGGCUCCUCACGCCCGUCACGCCCCCGCGCGCCGUCUUCCCCGCCCCGGCCGCCGCCACCUCCAGCCACGCGCAGGGCAUCGCCGGCCUCGGCCUCGGCCUCGCCGGCCUCACCAAGCCCGACGGCUCCGGCCUCGCGUUCACGGGGCUCGGCGUCCUCCCCUCCUCCUCCUCCUUCGACGAGUACGCGUACGCCCCGAGCAACGCGCUCCUCGCGGAGGUCUACGCGGCCUUCUCCCCCGCCGCCUCGUCCCCGCCGCCCAGCGAGCCCAGGCCGUUCUUGCUCACCCGCGCGGAGCUGCGUCUGCGCGCGGUGGAUCUCACUGCGGAUAUGGACAUGGAUGUUGACGAGGCGGAAGGGAGGGCGGAGGGGCGGAUAUACCCCGCGCGCGUGGAGGACAUCUUCUGGAGCCCCGCGGACGCGCAGCGCGCGAUGGUCCUCGGCGGGCGUGUCGUCGCGCACCGCAAGUGA